UUUUCUAUCUGUUUCUAUAAAUCGACGAUCAAUACAUAGAACACUGAGAUAAGAAGAAAAAAUACUGUCCACUUAUGUGCAAUCAUCACAAAAUGUAUAGUCAAACUGGCUGGUCUUUGCUUGUUUGUCGAUCAUUGAUCGGCAGUGGUGGCAGUAGUAUUGGUCGCCAUUACGAUCAUCAUUACUGUCGUAAUCGUUACAAAAAAAAUAAUGGCUGGAUUUCGAUCCCAUGUAACAAACGACCUGAUUCGCUUACAUAUAGCCAGAAGCAUAGAAAAUAUAAAAUCGAAAGUGAUAAUCUUAUCAAUAAAACACAUAAAUUAUCAUCACUAUCCAUAACUGAUACUUAUCAAAUAAAUAGUGCCUCGAAAUUUGUCACACUAGAUUCAUUAGAUUCAUCCGUUUCAUCAGUUGUAAUAAAUAUACAUAAAAAAUCAUGCUUGUCAAAAUCUCAUUCGAUGCACAGGUUGAUAUUAUUCAAUCCUGUUGCUCAUUUUCGUCGAAAUAAUUUAUUAAUCGUUCCGAAAAGUUUUAAUUCUUUCGAAACAUCAACAAUCAUGCAAUAUCAUCAUCAACAUGAUCAUUCUACAAAAAAACAGCCAAUGUUUCAUACAAAUGAUGAUUGUGAUGAUCGGAAAUUGUCGACGACAAAUCUUAAAGCAUGUCGUCGUCAAUUAACUUUAUUGGCCGAAAGUUUUGUAGAUAAACAUCCAAAGUUUGAAGUUCAGAGUGCCUAUACAUUGGCUAUUGAACGAUUAAAUCGUUUACAAUCAAAUGCUGAUUAUUUAAAGAAUGCUGCUUUUGGUAAAAGAUCAAAUUCUUUGGAAAGGACCAAUCAUUUUCUACGAGCAUUGGGUAUUGAACCUGAAGAUUUAAAUCGCUUGAAGAUUAUUCAUGUAGCCGGUACGAAAGGUAAAGGAUCAACGUGUGCAUUUGUCGAAUCCAUCUUGCGUUCGAACGAGUAUAAGACUGGAUUUUAUUCAUCACCACAUUUAGUUGUCGUACGGGAACGUAUACGUAUCAAUGGAAAACCAAUUUCUGAAGAUAAAUUUGCCCGUUAUUUUCAUCAUGUUUACAACAUUCUGGAAGCGAACAAAACAGAUGAAUUUAAAAUGCCUGGAUAUUUUAAUUUUUUAACCAUAAUGGCAUUUUAUGUCUUUCUGCAAGAGAAUGUCGAUGUAGCCAUUAUGGAGGUCGGUAUCGGUGGUAAAUUAGAUUGUACGAAUGUCGUGCAAAAACCGAUCGUUACUGGAAUUACAUCAUUAGAUUUUGAUCAUUGUCGAUUGUUAGGCAAUACGUUAACCCAAAUCGCCCAAAAUAAAGCUGGAAUAUUUAAACAAGGUGUUCCUGCUUUAACCGUUCAACAGCCUGAAGAGGCAAUGUCAGCUUUAAAAGAAACAGCUCAACAAGUAAAUUCUCCACUUUAUGUCGUGCCACCAUGGUCAAAUUAUCCCGAUUCAUCGAAGAUCGAUUUGGGUAUAAAAGGAGAAGCUCAAAAACUUAAUGCAUCAUUAGCCGUUCAAUUAGUCAAUGUUUGGCUGAGUAGAAUAAAGUUUUCGAAUAAUCAAUUUAUUAUCCAUAGUAAUGAUGAAUACGAUUUUUUGAAUACUGUAGCACUCAAUCAAAAUCAUUUCGCCACCGGCCUUAUCAAGACUGUAUGGCAUGGCCGAUGUCAGAUCAUUCGAAAAGAUAAUGUUACUUAUUUUCUUGAUGCUGCACAUACAAUUGAUUCGAUGAAUAAUUGUCUUCAAUGGUUCAAUAAACAAACCGAUAGUUUCUUAUCCACUUUCAACAACAUUUCUAAUGGUACCUUGCCAAAGAUUCAUCGAAUAUUUGUAUUCAAUUGUACAGGCGAUCGAGAUCCACGGCCUUUGCUAGCAAAAUCGUCUGAUUUUGACUUGGCUAUUUUUACAACAAAUCGUGUGAUGAAUGAGAAGAAAAUCGAUUCUGACCAAUCAAAUUUAACAAUUACGGAAAAUCAUGAAAAUGAAAUUCGAUCUAAUAAUGCAAGAAUUUGGCAUGAAAUGUUUCCUACAGUCAAAAAUCUACAAGUCGAAUGUAUUGGAGAUUGUAUUGAACAAAUUGAAUCUUACAGCGAAUCGGUUCGAUCACCGAUCGUUGUUCUAGUAAGCGGCAGCGUACAUUUGGUUGGGGGUUUUAUCGGCCUUCUUCAUCCAGAUUUUGUUUCCUCAGAUUGUUGAAUUUGUCAUUUGUUUUUUAUAUUUGUUCAUUAAUAAUUGGAAUUUUAUUAAAAUAAAAGAAACUAUCGAUUAUGAACAAUCGAUAGUGGGUGGUGCAUCA